AUGACAUUAACGUGUCAAAGACCAGAUGGCUCUUUAGGGAAUCCAGUGUGGACAAAGGGGAAUAACAGAGAGCCAGUUGAUCAAAGUUCAAAGUACGAGCUCUCAGGCAACAAGCUCAUAGUUAAGAGUGUGUCAUCUGAUGAUGUGGGGCGAUACGAAUGCAAAUAUGGAAGGAACGGAGUGCCAUAUGUUCUGUGGUCUAAUGUCAGAAUUGAACCAGAUCCUAAUAUUGUGGCAAAUUUUCAGGAUAAAACAGUCAAGUGCAAUGAUGAGGUUGAAUUUCGCUGUUGUGUAAAUAAAGCCUACGAAGUUCAACUGAAGAAUGGCGACACAGUGUUGGAGUAUGUGUGUGAGCAUGCAGAGUAUGGUGUCGGCAAAAAAAACCAGACAAGCGUGGUAGGCUGUGAAGACAAUGAAAUUGGUAAUAAAACCAUUCAGUGUGUAGAAAGCAAUGGGAAGGGUCAGUGGAGAGUGACUGAAGACAACUGUGUCCUUCGUGAAAUCAUAGAACUUCAAACAGAAUCAGCAAAUUUAGUUGGAGACACCCUUCCAGAAUUUGUGGAGAAACUAAAUAAUGUGACAGCAAACAAUGAGGAGGAAAUAGUUGAGUCAACUGCCACAAUCUCUUCUAUAGUUACUAUACUAAACUCAAUCGCUAGUGUUUCAGAAGGCAUCACAGUCAACAAACCUGUUAUGCAGAAUUUCCUCCAGACAAUGGAUGUGGUGGUGUCUGCCCAGAGCAUCGGCUCUUGGAAUGUGCUAAAUAAUGAAAAUGAGGCCGAUGACGCUCCAGCCAGAAAUACCAGCUCUUCUCUUCUGGGUUCUGUGGAAACAAUUGUAAGGUCCCUUGCAGAUGAUCCAAUUGAAAUCACAACAAGAUUCAUUCAUCUUAAGAAGAUCCACUUGACAGAAUCAAAGAACACCGUAACAGUCAACUCGUCCGAGGUGACCGUUCCAGCAACCGAGGUGACAACUGAAAACACGUCCAUUACUACCGUGGCAUUCUCAACUCUGAACAGCAUCUUGCCUUCCAGAAGUAAAACUAAUGUCACCAACAGUUCCAUCGAAGCAAUUGUCCUUUUGGUCAACGUGAGCAACAGCAUCAACAACAUCUCCAUUAACUUUGAAUUAAGAAAUGACACACUUGAAGAACCAAUGUGUGUCUUCUGGAAUUUUAGCCUUUUUAAUAACUCUGGUGGAUGGGAUAGCACAGGAUGCAAUCUCACAUCUGGGGCUAAUGGAACUGUGACUUGUGAAUGUAAUCACACCACCUCCUUUUCAGUUCUUAUGGCUCCCUACGCUCCUUUUAGAAACAAGAUCCUGGAUUUUAUCACCUAUAUUGGGGUUGGCAUCUCAAUGGGAUCCUUGGUUUUGUGCCUCAUCAUCGAGAUUGUGGUUUGGAAGUCCGUGACUAAAAAUGUUACGUCAUAUGUCCGACAUGUGUCCAUAGUAAACAUAGCUGUGUCUUUGCUGAUUGCUGACAUAUGGUUCAUUAUUGGAGCAUCUAUAUCAGAACAGAGAGCGCAACAGAAUGGUAGAGGGCAGACGCUAAUAAAUGCCUGCGUUACAGCAACGUUUUUCAUCCACUUUUUUUACCUUGCCCUUUUCUUCUGGAUGUUGGUCUCGGCCCUGUUGUUGCUCUACCGCACGGUCAUGGUCUUAUCCCAGAUGUCAAGAUCAACAAUGACGGCGAUAUCUUUCACAGUAGGAUACGGGGUUCCUCUUAUCAUAGUGGUAAUCACGGUGGCAGUGACACAACCUAAUGGAGGAUACAUUUCAGAAAAUCAUGUUUGCUGGCUUGCCUUUGGGGAACAGAAAACCCUCCUGGCCUUUGUGGUUCCUGCCCUGAUUGUUGUGGCCGUAAAUUUAGUUAUCGUGAUCGUGGUCAUAGCCAAGCUUCUGCGGAGGGGAGUGGGAGAAUCUACUCAACCGGAGGAAAAGAAUACGCUUUUGGUCAUCGUCAAGUGUGUUGCCUUUUUAACACCCAUCUUUGGUCUCACUUGGGGAUUUGGGAUUGGAACAAUGGUUGAUUAUCGGAAUUUUGGACUUCAUGUUGUGUUUGCGUUGCUGAAUUCAUUGCAGGGAUUCUUUAUCCUGGUGUUUGGAACACUUUUGGAUAGCAAGAUCCUGACCUCUCUAACAGGAAAGCUCACAUCAGUAAGCUCAAUCUCCAGCAGAACAAAAACUACAAGUGCUGGAACAUCAUCAAGUAGUUUGAACAUAUUUCGACGAAAGAGAAAAAAUGUGUACAAUUACUCAAGGAGACCAUCUUCAUCUAAUUCCAGCAGUUCAGGAGCAUCUAAUUCUUAG